CGAAAGAGUCGAAGCUCAAAAGGGUGGUUGGGGAAUAUUCGAAAAGCGGCAAACCCCCAACCGACUUUCAACUACUCUUCCUCGUUCUUGCUCAAUCCGACAGUCCAACCCCGACCCAGAAUUGCCCAGAAGGACGAAACGAAGAAGUUUGAUAAAAAAAUGGUGCAGAACAGACGGUUGAUUGGCUUUGACUUUGGCUUUCUUUAUGAUCCAUUCCCCUUAAUCGCUGACCACCUCUCGUCGCCGAAGGUAUCAUGGGUGUGAAGAUAGGAUUCCUGUUUCUUCUUGUUCUGAGUGCUCUUGCGACCCUCGAUACUAGGCAACUGCCACGCAAUCUUGAAGCUAUGCAGUACCACAUGCUGGAAAAGGGAAGUUCAAGGAAUGGAGAAGUGUGCACAUUGUGCGAGGAGUACGCCGAAUUGGCACUCAAGUAUCUGGAAAAGAAUAAAACUCAAUCUGAAGUGAUUGAACUUCUUCACUUGACCUGCUCCCAAGCUUCGAUUUUCAAGACAGAGUGCAUUACUCUGGUGGAUUAUUUUGUUCCCUUGUUAUUCUUAGAGGUUUCUUCAAUCCAACCUGGAGAGUUCUGCAAGGAUAUCAGUCUCUGCAAAUCAGUGGUGAGAGUUUCUCCAAAGCUUAAGGAAGACAGCUGUGAAUUUUGCCAUGAUACUGUUUCGCAAAUCUUGGAUAGGUUGAAAGACCCUGACACUCAGAUGGACAUAAUUGAGCUACUCCUGAAGGCUUGUGAUUCCCUUGAGAGCUACGAGAACAAGUGUAAGAAGAUGGUCUUUGAGUACGGGCCACUUAUUCUUGCCAACAUAGAACAAUUUCUGGAGGCAGCUGAUGUAUGCACUGUGUUGCAUGUGUGCACUGCAUCCGAAAGCAAAUGUGAAGAAUCAGUACCCACCAGGGAGAUGCCAUUGCUAUCCGACUCUUGAAGCUUCGUCAUGCGGAAUGCAUAGUUCAUAUAUGUAGAUCACAACCCUACAACCCUACAUUAGUGUCUUUACACGUGACCUGGUAGAGCUGGAAACGAAACCCUUUUAUGACCGAUAUAUAUCAUAUAGACAUAGAAAUGUGUUGUCUGGAAGUGUUGGUGAAUCGUUGCUGCGAUCACUAGUGCUGCAGUUACACCUAGCAUCAUCGACGUCCUACUUAUGUUUACUUACUAUGUUUGUCAUACAAUAGUUGUGUCUGUCGGACAAGAGAACGUCGAUCAAACUACUUAGAUUCUGCUUA